UUUCUUGGGCGAGAGAGAGAGAGAGAGAGAGAGAGAGAGAGAGAGAGAGAGAAACAAAGAAUGGGAGCUUUUCUAUCGAAGAUCGGAGCUUUUCUAUCAAGCUUGUACGGCCCCCCGGCGGCGAGCGACGAUGCUGCGUCGUCGGAACCAUCGUCGGUGCUGUCUUUCCACUCUUCCGCCAGAUGGCAACUCCACUUCAAUUCUGCGCAGGAUUCCUCCAAGCUCAUGGUGAUUGAUUUCUCCGCGACUUGGUGUGGACCCUGUAGGCUCAUGGAGCCGUCCUUCAACGCCAUGGCCAACAAAUACACCGAUGUCGAGUUCGUCAAAAUUGAUGUCGAUGAGUUAUCUGAUGUAGCACAAGAUUUUGGAGUUCAAGCGAUGCCAACAUUUGUGUUGCUGAGGAGAGGGAAGGUAGUGGAUACAGUGGUUGGAGCCCGUAAGGAAGAGCUGGAGAAGAAGAUUCAGAGGCACCGAUCUUAAAUUCAAAAAAACUCAGUAAUAAGUUCUCUCCUUUUCACUCUUCUUCCAUUUUUUUUCUUGUGUAAACACAUGAAAAUUAUCUACACUCUAACUUGGUCACUGACUUGAAUUAACAUAUGUUUCAUAAGCUCCAACCUUGUUCUUCUUUGAUGAGCUCAAUCUAUCUUCUCUUCUCUUAUGAUA